AUGAAAACCGCUGAAGAUCGUAGAAUGAUACCAGCUUGCAGAAUUGCUAUACUAGGAGUUUGUCAAUUCCAAUUGAAAAUCUUUUCGAAAUUAAUAGAACAAACUGCGCCAUCUUGUUCAACAUUAUUGGAUCUUGCAACAUUUAAACCUUCAACAUUGAAAAGGCUUGCUGGACGAUUCAUUUUGCUCCAUCCCUGUCAUGGUCCAUGUGGCUUAGUUGGAAUAUUUUGCAGUAAGUGUGAAAUAAAUGAUGAUAUUGGUAUUACUGAUAAUGAUAACAAAGUAUCAUGUUAUCAUCAAAUGCUUCCCAAUGAGUUGAUCAAAUUUUUGCAAAAUGGAGCAAUAGAUUGA